AUGCCGACGCCGACCACUCGCAGCCACGUGCUGCGCCUCGCCGCGCUGCUCCUCCUCGCGGCGGCCGCGGCCGCGCAGCCGGGCCAGCCGUGGGACAGGACGCGGGAUGGCGACGGCGGGAUCAUGCCGGGCGCGAGGCAGCCGCCGAGCUUCAGCGCGCCGAUGGUGGUGCUCCUCGUGGCGCUGAUCGCCACCUUCUUCUUCAUCGGCUUCUUCUCCAUCUACAUCCGCCGCUGCGGCCGGGGCGAUCCCCCAGCCAACACCAUCCGGACGUCGGCGCUGUUCACGCUGUCGCCGCAGGAGCAGAACCGGCAGCCCCGCGGGCUCGACCCGGACGUGCUCGCCUCCUUCCCGGCCAUGACCUACGCCGAGGCUAGGGCGCUCCGGGAGCAGGCCGGCGGCGGCAAGGACGUGGCGCUGGAGUGCGCCGUGUGCCUGAGCGAGUUCGAGGACGAGGAGCAGCUCCGGCUCCUCCCCGAGUGCAGCCACUCCUUCCACCCGGACUGCAUCGGGGAGUGGCUCGCCGCCCACGUCACCUGCCCCGUCUGCCGCCGCAGCCUCGUCCCCGAGGAGCCAGCAACAGUCGAAGCCGCCGAGGAGAACGUUCCCGGGGAGGAGCAGCAGCGGCCGGAGGUGGCCAUCGACAUGAGCCGCGAGGGCGACGGCGACGAGGAGGAGAGGAGGAUGGAGGCGGCGGAGCUGGAGCGGAUCGGGAGCCUGCGCCGCGCGGUGCGGUCGCGGUCGGGCCGCCCGUUCUCGCGCGCGCACUCCACGGGCCACUCCCUCUCCGCGCGGCUCGACCGCGACCUCGAGCGGUUCACGCUGCGGCUCCCGGAGCAGGUGCGCAGGGAGAUGGUCGCCGCGGGCGAGGAGAGCCUGCGCCGCACGGUGGGCCGCGGUGCCGCCGGCGCACGGAGCGCGCGGAUCGGCCGGUCGGACCGCUGGCCGUCGUUCAUCGCCAGGACGUUCUCGUCCAGGGUUCCGUUCUGGGCGGCGUCGAGGAGGGCGCCGGACGUGGAGACGCCGGGAGGGCCGGGCUCGACGACGACGCCCGCGACCAUUGACGAAAAGUCGGCGGGUGUAUCAGCGAGUUCGAACAAGGGGAGCGUGCGCUUCGACUGCCUGGGCGGCGGCGUCGCUGGCGCCAGAGUCGGCGACGACAGCGAGGACGAGCCGGAGGAGGAGAAGGCGAUCGUCCGGCGAGUCUGAACUAGAGCAAGAUUCGUUCAAGUCUGGUUGCGCUGUCCACUUCUUCGAUCGAACGGUGGCAUCAAACGAUUCAAACGUCAACGCGCGGCAUGUCUUAUUAAUUAGCGGAUCGAUCAAGAAUCAAUGCGCGACGAGGAUUUGAAAAUGAGAUGCCGCGGGAAGGACUCGUCACGGCCGACGUACCCGCCACGUGAAUCUUCCGCGAAGCAGCUCAUGCACAUGGAAAAAACGCAUCGCUAGGAAGAUAAAGAUACGAUCUCUGUGUUAAAAUUUGUUGCCGGCUAGCUUGUUAAUUCCUUUCCUUCUUCUUACAUUACUCAUUUCUUGGGA